AUGUCACAUCGUAAGUUUUCGGCUCCUCGACAUGGGUCGAUGGGCUUUACACCCAAAAAGCGUUCUCGGACUCACAGGGGGAGAGUUAAGGCAUUUCCAAAGGAUGACAAAACCAAACCUAUACACUUAACUGCGUUUAUGGCUUUCAAAGCGGGUAUGACGCAUAUUGUGCGUGAAGUCGACAAGCCUGGUUCAAAAGUAAACAAGAAGGAGGUGGUUGAGGCGGUAACGAUCCUUGAGGCGCCACCGAUGGUUAUUGUGGGCAUUGUUGGAUAUAUAGAUACUCCGCGCGGUCCUCGUCCGUUUAAAACAAUCUGGGCGGAACAUCUUUCGGAGGACUCAAUUGCUUUAUUGCAGCGGUUCUUCAUGAAUUCUAAGAAGGCUUUCCAAAAGCACGCUAAGAAGUGGCAGGAUGAAGACGGCAAGAAAUCAAUUGAAGCUGACUUGGCAAAAAUGAAGAAAUAUUGCUCAAUGAUUCGUGUUAUUGCUCAUACACAGAUGAAAAUCAUGAGGCAUCGUGCAAAGAAGGCGUAUAUUAUUGAAAUACAGGUGAAUGGAGGCACUGUGCCUGAGAAAGUAGAUUGGGCACGAGAACAUUUAGAAAAACAGGUGCCUAUAGACAGCGUUUUCCACCGUGAUGAAAUGAUCGAUUGUAUUGGGGUGACUAAAGGUAAAGGAUUCAAAGGAGUAACUAGUAGGUGGCAUACGAAGAAGCUGCCAAGGAAGACGCAUAAGGGUCUUCGAAAGGUGGCUUGCAUUGGCGCUUGGCAUCCGUCUCGUGUACAGUUCACAGUUGCCAGAGCUGGUCAGAAAGGCUACCAUCACAGGACGGAAAUGAACAAGAAAGUAUAUCGGAUAGGAAAGUCGUGCCUUACUGAGGAGGGCAAAAAUAACGGCAAUACAGAAUACGACACCACCGAGAAGAACAUAAAUCCGAUGGGUGGAUUUCCUCACUAUGGACUUGUAAACCAGGAUUAUAUCAUGAUAAGAGGGUGCUGUAUGGGGCCGAGAAAAAGGCCGAUUACUUUAAGGAAGUCAUUGAUUGUGCAGACGAAGAGGUUUGCACACGAGGCAAUAAACUUGAAAUGGAUUGAUACCAGCUCCAAAUUUGGACAUGGCAGGUUCCAAACGCAUGCUGAAAAGAAGGACUUUAUGGGCAAGUUAAAGAAAGACCUGUUGGCAGAAGCGGGAGCAACGGCUUGA